AUGCCGAGCCCCACGAGGGAGUACAUCCCGACUCUGGCCCCGAGUCUGAUGACUGAGCUGCACGCGCCCCCCUCGCCCCGGACACAUCGUCAGCUGCGCAAGCUGCAGUCGGCGCACAACUUGGGAGCAGCGGCGAGGGGGUCCAUCGGGCAACCGCCCGGUCUGAUCUCGCAGCAGAGGUUGCGCGAGCUCCAGGCUCGCGAUGUGAGUCCCACGCGGAGGGCAGUCAGCAACCGGUCUCCGCAGAGAAAUCGAGCGAACAGCGACGCAUCCUCGCCCGUCAACCUCGUCCCGACGACGGCAGCCGCGUUGGCAAGGCACAGGUCCGCCAUGAGCAAGACCUCGGCUGCCGCGGACGUCAUGUCGCUCGAGCGACUCAUUCGCGACGGCCCGCCUGAUAGUGACUUGCAGGCCGCUUUGGAGAGUGCGCGCCUCAAGGUCCUGGAUCAGGGCAUCAAAAGCGAUAGUGAUGGCAUGUCCUCCAUUCGUAUUUACGUCUGGCUCAUCUUCCUCAACGCCCCGAUUCUCGAUACCGAUGUCUACCUGGGCCUCAUCCACCGAGGCGCUUCGCCCGCCUACUCCAAGAUACGCAACGACACCUUCCGAACGCUCACGACAGAUCCUCUAUUCCGCCGCCGAGUCAGCGAGGCCAGCCUGAUCCGCCUCCUGAACGCUGUGGCUUGGAGGCUCCAUGACGCGAAGGAACAGCGCCGACCUCCCAGUAGCCGCCAAUCCCUUCCUGCGAGUGACGGUACUGGCUCGCGUCCAACCACCGCACAUAGCUCUACUUCCUCCCCGGCCGCUAAGAAUCGCGCCCGCGCCUUGACGCUGACCACUGAGGGCGAGUCUGAGGCCGGUGCUCCAGAGCCGGGCACCUACGUCCAAGGGAUGAAUGUUUUGGCAGCACCCUUUCUGUAUGCUGCGCGCAGCGAGGUCGAGGCUUUCAUAGCAUUUCACCAGCUUCUGACCAAAGAGGUUCCGGGCUAUAUCCGAGGUGCCAUGACAGGUGUCCAUCGCGGCCUAGCCCUCGUGGAUAAAGUCCUUGCAAUCGUCGACCCCAAACUCUCUUUGCAUCUCAUGGCCAAAGGUCUGUCGGCCGAGAUCUACGCCUUUCCGUCAGUCCUCACGCUUUGCGCAUGUACACCGCCGCUGCCUGAGGUUUUACGACUCUGGGAUUUCUUGUUUGCAUAUGGCCCACACUUGAACAUCUUUUGCAUUGUUGCGCAGCUGAUCAUGAUGCGGGGCGAACUCCUCAGGUCACCCAGUCCGAAUAAGCUGCUUCGAUCUUUCCCAGCCCUGCAGGCUGACCAGAUCAAGCGAACUGCUCUUGCUAUGGUGAAGAUGGUCCCUGAUGAUGUCUACAGCGAGACUGUCCGCCACGCUCUAUGA